AUGCCAUCGGCUUCGAAGACUUCGGGAGCCAAUGGCAUUCAACUUACCGGCUAUCUCUACUACAACAAUGAGAUUGAGAACCUCAAGCAUCUACUCAAUCAUCUUCCCAAUACCAUACCUGUUGGGACCGCACACAACUUCAUCGACUACGUGCCAGACCCAGAAGUCGUAAACGACCUUGGUUCCGAGAAAAGUGCACUCAAUCGCGACCUCGAGGUGUCCUUCGGCUUCCGCGCAAACAAUACCGUCAUCACCUUCAAGUCGCGUGGCCCUCACCUUGAAGCUGUUGCCACGGUCAUUCGACAGAAUAUUAGCGGGAGUGGGGGGGAUAAUAUCUUGCUGGUAAAGUGGGUGGACGAUCUAACGUGUGCGGCGAAGGCAGCCUUCGCGAACGCGAAUGUUCCGUUGCCGCGAAAAGGAGCUGGCACUGCACGCAAACGUGCUAUGCAAGACGAGCUGGCGGAGAAGGAAGCAACGAAGCAUCAGAAAACCGCAGAAAAUCGGGAGAAAGCCCGUCGUGACGCGACUGCAGACCGGGUAAAAGCGGUGACCCAGCAGGGAUCGGUCCAUUGGGACUUCAACGACCUUCGCGAUAUCGAGCUUCCCGAACGCAGCAAGAAAGGCGCCCCAACCAAUUCGAUACUCGACACAUUCCUUAUUCCCUGCGAGACCAUAUCUACUGGCAAGAGGCGCGACCGAUGCGUCGGUACUGGCUGCAAAGAGAGCUGGUCAUAUCCUCGCAAGAGUGAUCGUGUCUACGAGCAUGCUGCCAACCACUGUCACGGUAUCUCAGACGAGCUUCAAGCGGAGGCGAAACGAAACCUCAAACAAGGCGCCCUCUCGACAGUUAUUGCAGCGGCCACUGGCACAGCGGCCGGGGGGGUGGGCAAGAAGAACUUCUUUGCGGCAUUCGAGGAGGCUGGAAAGGCUGACAAGAAGAAGGCGGACCAGUUGCGCAGGCGGGAGAACAACCUCGCAUGCCUGAACUGGGUCUGCGAUGCCGGGUUAUCACUUCGUUCCAUUGAUCGCCCAUCUGCUCGCCUGUUCUUCACUCGACUCGCCCCAAAUCACGGUAUCUACAGUGCAUCGACGAUGGCUUCAUAUAUCCAGCGUGAGGCAGCGCGAAUAACGGCUGACAACAUUGAGUCGUUACGAGUCGUCUCCAACUUGACUAUCUCAACAGACGGCGGAACCAUGGCAGGACAGCAGGUGUACAAUAUUCACAUCACAAACCCCAUCUCGCGUGAGUCGUACCUCAUCCGGGGUGACGAGGCUUCUGGUGUGUCUCAUACCGGUAAACACAUCCGUGAUGUUCUACUGAAGGUUAUGAGUCAAAUUGGCGUCGAGAACUUUGCUGCAGUGGUAUCCGACAAUGCGGGUAAUGUCCGUGUUGCCCGCGAGCUCAUUCAGCAAGAUCACCCUGCCAUCCUUUCCCUUUUCGACCCGCCACACCACCUGUCAAAUCUUAUCAAGGAUAUCUGUCGUAUCGAGCACUUCAAACCUGUCAUUGAGCGCAUGCGGUUACUUAUUACCUUCUUCUCGCAGUCUACGUAUGCAGCUACCCAUCUGUCUGCGCUGCGUGUCGUGCUUUACAUCAACAAAGGCCUCGAAAAAAUCGGGAAAACACGCUUUGGCACGAUGUAUUACACAGCAUAUUCGCUCAUUCGUUGUUUCGAGGCCAUCCGCAUGCUGUUCCAUCUUGAUAUCAUCCACACGACCGGCUCUGAGGAACUGUCGAAGUUGGCAUGGAUGCGCAGCUUGCCCGAGAUAUUAACUUUCGAAAUGCAUCUCAAGCAGCUGAUCUCGGUGCUGGAGCCCAUUGCGCGCGCCAUCAAGUGUCUCGAGAGCUCUCACACCACUGUCGGUGAUGUGUGGAAAUUCUACGUCGCCAUUACGGCGGUUUUGAAGACGGUCUUCGAAGAAAAUGUAGUGGGAAUCCCGGUCAGCGUUCAACAAGAGAUUCGGGGAGCCGUCAAUGCUCGCGUGGAGCAGAUGCUCGGUUGUAACUCCGUCUACCUCACUGGCUUCUUCUUGGAUCCCGAUUUAGUCCAAAGCUCAAUCCUCCGUUCCGGCGUAGCUAAUCAGCUGGACAACUCCGCGUCAUCAAUUCCGCAAAACACUGGUAAUUCUGAUGUCCUUUCGGACAGUGACCUGCGUGCGGAAAUACCGGCUUACGUGGAGUGCGGUCAAUUCAUGCUUGACCUUCUCUACGAGGAGAUGAACAGUGGUCGUUACCACCCCGUUUUCGAUCGCUAUAACGACAGCACCGAAAUUACUGAUGCGUUCAAGUCCCAAUGUGAACGCUUUACCAGGCAGCGGGCUCCUUUCAAUGCACGCAAUCCUGCAUGGACUUGCUUGCUCGACUAUUAUACGGCACUUAUGGCGGACCCAGAUGCUGCCAUCUUUGCGUUUGUCGCAUCUAAGAUUGUCUCCAUCCUCCCAACGUCGAUGCCAGAGGAACGAACAAUGUCUUUUAUUACCAAGAUCAACUCUAAAGAUCGAAGCCGUCAAGAUGCACAGACCACGAUUGCGAUGACCCAGGUUCAUCAAGACCUUCGCCGUCGCCCCGAGUACGUCCCACGUCCAACAGCAAAAGCAGCGGCAAAAAAGACUGGGCCCAUCAUGAACUGGCGCUCAGUUGACAACCUUUUCACCGCCGAAAACCUUCCCGCGACCGCUCCCACAUCCACCCCGGCUACGGCUCCUGCUCCAAUCGUCAUUUCCGAUGAGAGCGACAAUGAUGCUGCAGUCCCGGAAGCUACUCCGAUGGUUGGGUCGGGAAAAAAUGAAGUAGGGCUGCAGCUCGUUGAUGCAGACGAUGUCGUUGUCGGCUUGAGUGCUGUCGUUCAUGGGUAG